AUGGUUUUGAUAUUCAAUCACGAAUUAGCACAGGAUUUUCUCAAAUGCAAUGUCAAUAUCGAGAAGGCAUUUGAAUAUCAAUUACUGUAUGACUGGUUGGGAAAGGGUUUGCUUAUCAACGACUCGGCCGACUUAUGGAGGGAACGCCGAAAACUACUGAUCCCUGCCUUCCAUCAGACAAUUCUCACAGAAUUUGUGCCCAUUUUUAACGAGAAGUCCGAUAUUCUGGUGAAACGUUUGGCCGAUUGUGUGGACAUAAGGGGUGUAAACAUUUGUGAUCUCGUGUUCCCCACAGCACUCGACAUCAUAACCGGACCGGAUAUAUACCCUGAACCCCUACAUUUCAAACCCGAAAGGUUUCUGAAUGAAGGGAACAGUAGUCGCAAUCCCUUCGCAUACCUGCCCUUUUCAGCCGGUGUCCGCAAUUGUAUCGGUCAGAAGUUUGCGUUAAUUGAGUUGAAAAUAGUUUUGGCGAAAGUGUUGCUUAACUAUAGCUUUGAAUCCCUGGACCCGAGAGACCGUAUCAUUGAAUACAACGCUAUUGUCUCGAAACCAAAGGGUGGGCUAAGAGUUAGAGUUAGCCAUAGGAGUGGUGUAUAA